AUGCAGUGCCAUUACGACCACGGGAAUGGACGCAGAGCUGUCUGUAUAUUGCUCCCAGACGGUGGGCCGAAUAUCAUCAUUGAUCCUAGCGGGAGUAGUUUUUCGUUCCGAGAAGAGCACCCUAAGCAGGAAGACGCCAAUGACGACAACGGUGGCGGAGGAACUGGCGGCGGAGGAACUGGCAGCGGAGGAACUGGCAGCGGAGGGACUGACAACGGGAGCGGCAUUGCUAUUCCACCUGUUCCCACGACUGGAGGUCCGUAA